GUUGUGAGUGUGGAAAUGAAAACCGAGUGUGGAAAUGAAAACCGCGUUCUCUUAAACAAGUGAACUUUUAGCUUGGUUUUUUGGGUCUUCUUAUUUGCCUUGUAUAUUUCGCCGGUGGUUUCAGAGCUUGGUCACAUACAUGGAAAAAUAAAAAAAUAAAAGUAAAAAUAAAAAUCCGUUUCUAUUCAAUUACAUCAAAAUUCGAGAGUCAAAGAAUUGUCCAUAAUCUGAUCAAAAUUCCUCCUUCAUCGUCAAAAACCCACCACCAAUAGAAAAGAGCAUAAAGAAAAUCAGACAUGGAUUCUAUCAACUUCGCCAAAGGCUAUGGCAAAGUAAACUCAAACCAUCUUGAAGUUGAAGAUCGGGUCCCAAACUCAACAAAUCCACAUCCAAAAAUCCAUCAAAAACGUCUCGUCGCCAUUUUAGCUCUCCUCCUCCUGUCUCUGCUCAUCGGCUUAAUGGUCGGAGAUCUCAUACACGAGUCCAACACCGAGUCGCCCGAGUCUCCCUCUUCUUCCACCACCAACUCGGCCCAGUCAUCCCUCAGGGCUGUCUGCAACGUGACUCGGUAUCCGGACUCAUGCUUCUCCAGCAUAUCCUCCCUAAAUAACCCGCCAGAAUCUGACCCAGAAGCCAUUUUCAAGCUCUCUCUGCGAGUCUCCAUUGCUGAGCUGACGAAGGUCUCAUCCUCGUUGAAGGCCAUGAACCAACAAAAAGAAACCGCUCUGAGUGAUUGCCAGGGUCAGAUUGAAGGAGCGCUAAGUCAACUCAACGACUCGGUGUCGGCAAUGGAGGUGGUGGGUCCGGGAGAGAAGAUGCUGACGGAAGGGAAGAUCAGGGACAUCCAGACGUGGAUCAGCGCGGCGGUGACGGAUCAGGACACGUGUCUGGAUGGGUUGGAGGAGAUGGGAUCAACGUUUGUUGAUGAGGUGAAGAAGAUGAUGCAAAAGUCCAAGGAGUACACAAGCAAUGCCUUGGCCAUUGUUGCUAAUUUCAACACCAUUCUUCAGAACCUCCAUGUGUCCCUUCACUGAUUUCCAUUGCCAUUCUAUUUUUUGUUUUGUUUUCUGUUUUCUGUUUUAGUUUUUGGGUUUUUUUUUUUUGGGGAACUAAUUUGUGAUACUAAAGUUGUUGUUUGUUUUUCUAAGGUGUAUCUUAUAUGUUGUGGGUGUGAAUAAUCAUAUACAAGAUAACUACAUCUAUAUGAUAUAAUUGGUAAUCAGGUUUGGGAAUAUGAUUUUUUUUUUUUUUUUU